AUACCUGCGUGACCCGCGCUCGUCUGUCUUCUUCUUUUUGUCUCCCGCGCUCUCGUCAAGUGCAAACAAAUGCGAACGCUGCAUUUGUCUUCAACAGUUCAACUAACAUUCUUAACUCAAAAGAGAGCAUGAUUCUAAGAUCAAGAAAGCAACCUCUCAACAUUCUCACAUUAACAUCAUUUCAUUCUCAUUUGCGUCCUCAAAUUCCACCAGACAUUCCAAUACUCGACCCUCUUACACUACAACACCACCUGUUCGAUAAAAGUCUCACAAAAAAUGUGGCAGAAUACAACCGCCUCCUUUUUGAGUACUCUCGUGAUAACCUCAAUCGUCAGGCGCUUAAUCUCUUUCUGGGUAUUCAUCGUUCGGGUUUACCUGUUGAUGGGUCCACCCUUUCCUGCGUUUUGAAGGUUUGUGGACGUUUGUUUGACCAUGUUGUUGGCAGACAAGUGCACUCUGAGUGCAUUAAGUCGGGUCUUUUGGAGGAUGUUAGUGUGGGUACUUCUCUCGUGGAUAUGUAUAUGAAGACGGAUAAUGUUGAAGAUGGAAGGAGAAUUUUUGAUAAGAUGAAUAAGAGAAAUGUGAUUUCUUGGACUUCAUUGUUAACCGGUUAUGCAAGCUAUGGAAUGAAUUGGAGUGUGCUAGAGUUGUUUCUUCGAAUGCAAGCUGAGGGUGUGAAGCCUAAUUCGUUUACCUUUGCGACUGUUCUUGGAGCUUUAGCAGACGAGGUGAUGGUUGAUAAAGGAGUUGAAGUUCAUACCAUUGUUAUAAAGAAUGGAUUUGAAGCAGUUACCUCUGUCUGCAAUGCUUUGAUUAGUAUGUACUUUAAGUCAAAGAUGGUUAGAUAUGCUAGGCUUGUUUUUGAUGAUAUGGAGGUUAGGGAUUCAGUUACUUGGAAUUGUAUGGUUGCAGGUUACAUUACUAAUGGGCUUGACCUGGAAGCUUUUGAAAUAUUUCAUCGUAUGGGGCUUGCAGGUGCAAACCUGACUCAGUCAACUUUCGCUUCUGUUAUUAAGUUAUGUGCUAAUCUUAAGGAAUUGGUGUCUUUACAGCAGCUUCAUUCUCAGGUCUUGAAGAAUGGGAUUCGAUUUAAUCACAACAUCAGAACAGCACUCAUGGUUGCUUACAGUAAGUGCAGUGAAAUGGAAGAUGCCAGUAAAAUAUUCUCUACGAUGCAUAAAACUAGAAAUGUGGUGUCAUGGACUGCCAUGAUUACUGGCUAUUUGCAGAAUGGUGGAACUGAACAAGCUGUGAAUUUUUUUUGCCAAAUGAAUGGCGAAGGUGUUAGACCAAACCAUUUUACUUAUUCAAUAAUUCUGACUGCUCCGCCUGUUGUUUCUGCUUUUCAAGUACAUGCACAAGUCAUCAAAACUAAUUAUGAGAGAUCAUCUUCUGUUGGAACUGCACUGUUAGAUGCAUAUGUUAAGUUAGGAAACAUCAAUGGGGCUGCAAAAGUUUUUGAAAAAAUAUAUGAGAAGGACAUUGUGGCAUGGUCAGCCAUGCUAGCUGGAUAUGCUCAAAUAGGAGACACUGAAGGAGCUGUUAAACUAUUCAAAAACAUGGCAAGUGAAGGAGUUAAACCUAAUGAGUUUACUUUUUCUAGUGUCAUCAAUGCCUGUGCUGCACCUAUAGCUGCAGUGGAACAGGGUAAACAAUUUCAUGCAUACUCAAUCAAAUCAAGACUGAAUAAUGCUUUAUGUGUCAGUAGUGCUCUUGUAACCUUGUAUGCAAAGAAGGGGAAUAUUGAGAAUGCAAAUGAAGUUUUCAAGAGGCAGGGGGAGAGAGACUUGGUGUCGUGGAACUCAAUGAUCUCUGGAUAUGCUCAACAUGGUCAUGCAAAGAAGGCUCUUGAGGUAUUUAGGGAAAUGCAGCAGCAGAACUUGAAAAUGGAUGGCAUAACAUUCAUUGGUGUCAUUACUGCCUGCACUCAUGCUGGACUUGUGGGUGAAGGUCAAAAAUACUUUGAUAUCAUGGUAAAAGAUCACAACAUUAAUCCAACAAUGGAGCAUUAUUCUUGCAUGGUUGAUCUAUAUAGCCGAGCUGGAAUGCUUGAAAAAGCCUUGGAUAUUAUAAACACAAUGCCAUUUGCUGCGACCGCAACUGUAUGGCGAACUAUCUUGGCUGCUUCCCGUGUUCAUCGUAAUUUAGAUCUGGGAAAACUUGCAGGGGAAAAGCUCAUUUCACUUCAGCCAGAAGACUCAGCAGCAUAUGUAUUGCUCUCCAAUAUGUAUGCUGCAACAGGACAUUGGCAGGAGAGAGCAAAAACAAGGAAAUUAAUGGAUGAGAGAAAAGUGAGAAAAGAAGCUGGUUACAGCUGGAUCGAGGUAAAGAAUAAGACCUAUUCAUUCUUGGCUGGUGAUCAUUCACAUCCAAUGUCGGAUCAAAUUUAUUUUAAACUUGAGGAGUUAAGUACCCGAUUAAAGGAUGCAGGUUAUCAGCCUGAUUUAAAUUAUGUGCUUCAGGACAUUGAUGAUGAACACAAAGAAGCCAUUCUUUCUCAACACAGUGAGAGGUUGGCCAUUGCUUUUGGAUUGAUUACCACCCCUGUAGGGUUUCCUUUGCAGAUUGUUAAGAACCUUCGGGUCUGUGGAGACUGUCAUAAUGUCAUUAAGUUAAUAUCUAAUAUUGAAGGGAGAGAGAUUGUUGUUAGAGAUACAAACCGAUUCCACCACUUUAAGGAAGGUUUUUGCUCUUGUGGGGACUAUUGGUAAAGGUUGUCAUCUAGUACUUCCAUGUAGGUCAUACUACUUACAAUUUGGAACAGAUGCAAAAGAGAGCUGCACAAUUUAAAUCAAUCACCAAUUUAAUGGCAAAGGUUCAUAAGGAAACUGGUUGGACAGUUAGGAUCUGAGAUCAUAGCGAGUAUAAACUUGUUUGUUGUUCAUUUCAAGAAGAUGGAGGUAUUGAAAUUGGGUAACAAAGAAUUGUAAAGUUUGAUUUCAUAAGUGGAAAGCUGCCAAGGUUAUGUAGGUCUUAACUGCAGCUAAGGGAACCUUGACUCCCCAUUGAUUGGUUGAUCAAUUCUCACAUUGGAUGCUUUCUUCCGAGUUUCUUUAAACCCAUGCUGCUUCAAAGGCAUAUGGGGAUUAAUGUUGUAACUAAAGAAGUUUUCUGUUUGAUUCUUCUGCGGUAUAUAUUAGGCCUCCAUUUGUGGCAACCUACUAUCGGAUGUAGCAAACAUUCAGGUGUUCAAAAUUUACAAGCCGAGUAGGAAAACAGCUAUAUAAUGGGAAGCCAAUUAGUAGGUGAUAUUCAAUAAGAGAAAAUACCCAGUAGGUUAGAUUUCUUUGGGUUGAAUUAGGAGAGUUAAUUAUUAAGUUUAUUAUGAGUUGUCCUAGAUUAUGAAUCAUAUCAGGGUUAGAAAAACUCGUCUAUAUGGUAAGUAUUGUGUAAGAGGAAAAGAACAAGUUUUAUUCAUAAAAAAAAAGUUUGUGAACUGAGUAGCUUUGCUGAAUUACUAUCUGAGUGUAGCAUUCGGAAAUUAUAUCGUAUACUACUUUUUUUAACAAUAUAAUUAAUAGUAUUCGUU